AUGACCCAGAAAAGAAUGGCCUUAGGUAAUGUCUCUUCAGUGAAGGAGUUCAUCCUGCUGGGCUUGACACAGCAGCCAGAUCUCCAGCUGCCUCUCUUCUUCCUCUUUUUGGGAAUUUAUGUGGUCUCCAUGGUGGGAAACCUGGGCUUGAUGGUUCUGAUUGUUUUGAACCCUCACCUACACACUCCCAUGUACUACUUUCUCUUCAACCUUGCCUUUAUUGAUUCCUGCUGUUCUUCUGUCAUAACCCCUCAAAUCCUGGUGAGUUUUAUGAAGCAGAACAUCAUCUCCCAUGAUAAGUGCAUGACUCAACUUUUUUUCUUCUGUUUCUUUGUUAUUGAUGAAUGUUACAUUUUGACAGCCAUGGCCUAUGACAGAUAUGCUGCCAUCUGUAAGCCCCUGCUUUACCAGGUCACCAUGUCCCAUCAGGUCUGCCAUUUGAUGCUUGUGGGUGUGUAUGUGAUGGGGUUUGCAGGGGCCAUGGCCCAUACUGGUAGCAUACUAAGUCUGACCUUCUGUGAUGGCAACAUCAUCAAUCACUAUGUGUGUGACAUAGUUCCUCUCCGGAAGCUCUCCUGCACAAAUACUGCCACCAAUGAGCUGGUAGUUUUCAUUGUUGUUAGUAUCAAUGUAAUAGUGCCCACCCUGACUAUCUUUAUUUCUUACACCUUGAUAGUCUUUAACAUCCUUGGCAUCCAUUCUGCAGAGGGCAGGUCAAAAGCCUUCAGUACCUGUGGCUCCCAUGUAAUAGCUGUUUCUCUUUUCUUUGGAGCCUCAUCAUUCAUGUAUCUUAAGCCCACUAGUUCAUCUGUGGAUGAUGACAAAGUAGCUACCAUUUUUUAUACCAUUAUGGGCUCAAUGCUGAAUCCUUUCAUCUAUAGUUUAAGGAAUAAGGAUGUUCACAUUGCACUGAGAAAAACUUUGAAGAAAAGAAUGUUUAUAUAG